CAAACAAGCAUGGCAAUGUAUCCAGGAAACGUGGAAUGGCUCAGGUUGGAAGGCACCUGAAGGCUGCAGAGGCAUCCAUGGGCAGGGACACCUUCCACUAUCCCAGGUUGCUCCAAGCCACAUCCAACCUGGCCUUGGACACUCCCACGGAACACCGGGGAGGAGGAUAAAAUUGCUCUAGCUGGGAAUAACUCCAGGCAGUAGUAACUCUGGUGUGAACAGCCAGGGAUCGUCCAGCACGGAUUGGGUCUAACACCGCUCCUGCCCAGGUGGUGCUUUGGGGAGCCCCCUGUUAGCAAGGUCACAAAUCUCCUUGGCUUUGCUUUAAAACCUCAGCCACAGAAGAAUGUUUAAAAAACUCACCAAAUUCAUUCGAAAUCAAAUGGAUCCAUACAAAGACUUUAUCCCUGUUGAGAGUAUCGCAGACAAUGAGCAUUUCAAGCCCCUCUGUCUCCUGACAAAAAAAAGAAAAUCAAAGCACAUAUUCCACCCAGCUCCUUACUACCAGCAUACAGGGCUCACACUGGAUCAUGUGCUGCUGCCUGGAGGAGAUGGUAAAAGCAUAGAGACCCUCCAACAAGAUUCCAGCCCAUUUACUCUCACAAAAACCAGCACUGACCAAGUUGAUGGAGGUCUCAGCAUUUCUGUUGACCCUGCAAGUGUGGAGCUGCAAGGAGCUGCCUCCUUGUCCAAUGUCUUUUCCAUCAAGUUACAGAAGAGGAGCAUAUCACGGGACUCACUGGAGACACUGAGAAGAAAAAGGGGAAUCAACAUGGAUCAUUCCUUCAUCCGACAACUACGGCAGACAGACAGAAUUCUAUAUGUGGUUAUUGAAACCCUCGAAGCCUCGGAGGAGGCCGUCUACAAGGAAUCCACCAAGGCAAAUGGAGGCUUCAAGGCCAAAUUUUAUGCCACACUCUCUGCAAAGGGUACCAGAGCAAACAACCAAAGCAUAGUCAUACCCAAGGGAUGCACUCUGGCCUUCAGGACCUUCCCCAUACACAUUAUAGAUGGACCAUGGGAUCUGCGUUAUUUCUCAAAAGAAAUCCAGGAACAAAUCGGUCUUCAAGGUCCCUCACAAGGAAAAUUUGGAAUAGUGCUAACAGAAGUUAAAUACUCCUGCCGAAUUUUCCCCAAGUUGUCUCCUGACGUGCUGCUCGUCAUCUUAAACACCAUCAAAGCUGUGAUGGGAGACAACAACCUCCUUCAGGAGCUCAGCCACAAAGUAAGUGAAGCUUUGCUUACUGCCACCAUUUAGAAAUACAGACACAUCCAGCACCACACCUCUUGCCCAGGUCAUCUGUCCUGUGCCACAAUCGUCCAUCCACACUCAGCACAUCUCUCUGCUCUGCACAAGCAGCAGCCUCAGCCCUCAAAUCCUGACAUUUCUUUUCCUUGUU